AUGCCGCCUAAGAAGCUGAACCAACAAGCACCCUCCUCCGUCCCCGAAGUCGACGAACUCAAAAGCAUAGCCGCGAAAUCAGAUUCCCCCGAAGACAAACUCAAAGCAGCCGCCGCGAGUGCCGAAUCCGCACUCGCCUCGGCCAAAACAGCCUCGUCGCUACGCUCCGCAGCCGAAACGAUCAAGGACCCGAAGAAACGGGAGAAAUACCUGCAAGAUGCAUACAACAAGGAGAUUGAAGCGCACGGACAGUCUAAAAAGGCACGCGUACUGAGCUCGGGCGCAUUCCAAGGCAGUGUAGGGGGUGGUGGUAUCGGUAUGGCUGUGGGUGCUGGACUGGGUACUGUGGUGGGUACGCUGGUCGGGACUGUGGCUACGAUACCUACGACGGCUGUGGGCACGUUGGUUGGUGCCGGGGUGGGCGGUAUACAUGGGCCAUGGGUGAAGCUUGGUGGAGGGAACAAGGACGAUGAAGAUAAGAACAAGGAGGAUGAGCAAGCAGAAGGCGAGGAGAGUGGCAACGCGGAUGAAAAGGAUGUCGAUGGACAGAUGCAAGAUCAGAUGGGUGGGGAAGAAGACGGUAUACCGGAUCCUGAGGCGCUGAGACGCGCGGCAGAUGAGUUUGCGCAACAGCGGAAAGCGAAACAAGAAGAGAGUGGUGGUGGGGAUGCGGAAAAAAAGGAGAAGAAGAAACCGAGGAAACUUGAGGUACGGGGUAAACAAACUGCAUAG